AUUUGUCGAGAUUCCGAUCGCCGUGGAACCCAGUUUGAUGGCUUCGAGAGAGUAUUCCACCUGAAAGAGACGGCCCUCUGGGGAAAACGUGGACACACCACGGUCGUACUCGCUUCUUGUUAAGAACAUGGCUACUGUUUUGCUGCAAAAUGGUUUGGCCCAGGCUCUCCAAUUGCCCACCUUCUCCACUUCUACGUCUGAGCAUUAUCACUAAUCAUGGUGAGGGCAAACCGAUUCUGAGAAGCUGCGACAUUCAUGCGAGAAAGGAACGGGGUAGAGUUGGCGCCGAGGAAAAGCAGGUCGAUCGGUGCCAUCUCGGUUUCGCUUAUGUAAGCAGCGUCCGCCGCCUUGUUCUGCUUACGUACGCGGCCCCCACCGCCAGUGACGGAAACUGCUCCCUUGCGUAAUCAGACCUACAUUGCAUGAGAGCAUACUGUC